AUGGUAAUGUACGUCUGGGGCCAGGAUUCUCUCACGCUGGAGGAUUUAAAAAAUCCCUUGCUGUCUGAGGAACUGGACGCGGAAUGCGAGGAUAUUCUUUUGAUCAAUGCCCGCAGUUACGCGGUGUCCGGCACCUCCAGGGAAGAAGAGAGAAGCCUGCGAAGCUUUACCGAUAUCCUCACUGACCACGAAGAUAUUCAAAAGACGGGCGUUCCACCACACCAAGUCAUGGAACUGGACGUGUUAAAGCACUCAGCCGACCAAACCCACGAAGAUUGGCUUCGCAUGGCGGUUGUCAUCCGGGACAACUACCAUAAAUACCGCGGGUUUGUCAUUCACAACGGAACCGACACUAUGGUGGCCACCGCCACCGCCCUCAGUUUCAUGCUGGAAAACCUGGGGAAACCUGUCAUUUUUACCGGCUCGCGUAUUCCAGCAGACCGUCUCUACACCGACCUUAAACGCAACUUAAUUGUUGCCCUGCUCUUUGCCAACUGCAGCCAGCUCUGCGAGGUCUGUAUCUUGUUCGAUGAACGGCUAUUCCGGGCAAAUCGAACAAUCAAGGUUUCCAGGUCAACACUCGCACCAUUUGACUCGCCGCAUUUUCCCCCGCUGGCGACAAUGCAUGGAACCGUGAGCCUACAUCGACCAUUUCUCCGUCCGUUUCCACUGGGUCAAUUUCGCGUCAUGGAAAAUAUGAAUUCAGUUGUCUUGUGUCUGAAGCUGGGGCCAUCUAUGCGGAAAGAGUUUUUAAUGCGAUCCAUUGAGCUGACAGAGGCACGCGCCAUUGUCAUCAUCGCGUUUGGUGGGGGAAAUGCGCCAUCAUUCGGCGGUUUCAUGAAAAAGAUCCUGCGGAAGGCGGUGGAGCGUGACAUUGCCGUUUGUAUUUGCACGCAGAACUUGUACGGUUCGGUGGACUUGGGCACUUACGCCGCGGGCGACCAACUGCUGGAGGCGGGGGCCAUUUCGGCAUCUGACAUGACCAUCGACGCCAGCAUCAUGAAGCUGAAGUACCUCAUAGGGCUUGGGCUUCCCACAAAGGAUAUAAAAAGGUUUUUUAGCAGCGUCAGCCUGCGCGGUGAAAUCACCCCGCCACAGUCGGAAUUGUAA